AUGGCACAGACCUCUCAUUUGGAUAAUUUACCCUCAAAUAAGAACUUCUACAGCAAAUUCGAACAGAGCAGAACAAGCACAGGAAGUUGUGGAAAUGGAUACGAGAAUAAUAUAAAGGGUAGUCUGGUGAUUCUUGGCGAUGGAACUGAUUAUGAGAAUAGAUUUAAAAGUGCCUGCUGUACCGCAUCUGAAAUGGGAAGUAAGGAGCAACCAAUAAAGAGGGAGCGUUAUAAUUUCCUAUACUACUGGAUAGGGGGGGAAGUAUUGAAGAAACUGAAGAAGAAUGAUAAUGAUGCGACAUUCAAGGCUUUCAUGAGUUCAAUUUGCCCCAAUAUAAUUAAUGAGCAUGAGGGUGACGGAUAUAAGGUUAUUUGCGAAAGUAUUGAUGGGAGCAUCUUCCAGCAUAGGAAAACAAUAUUCAACUAUUACCACGAUUAUAAGGACGUGAAAAGUGGCGUGCAGGGAGAUAAGUCUAAUUGUAAGGAUAAGUGGUUGAGUUAUCUGGAAGGAAUUGUUGCAGCUUGUGAUGCUGUGAGUAAAGAUUGCCAGGAUAUAAAGAGUAAUAAUAAAUUAUACUGUACCAAUUUCAGCAGUAGAUACGGGGCAUACUGUGACAUGGUGAAAGUGCUAAAAGAGGAAUGUGAAUCACAAGCUAUAAACGAAGUGGAAAAGGCAUGUCUCUGUACAGAUGAAAAAUCACAGACCGAGAAGUUAUCAAAACAGUUAUCCGAAUCAGAACAAGCCGUAAGUAAAGCCACCACCACAGCAAGCAUCACCUCUAUACUCGGCACAUUAGCAGUUACGGCUUUUCCCUUCCUAUUAUAUAAAUAUAAACCAUGGUCUUCUUGGUUUGGUAACCGCUCUUCUGGAAAUGGAGUAGGAAGGAGCAACAGAAGGAAGAGAGGAUCCGCUGGACUGAACUUUGAUGUUUCUGCGGAAGAGACCUUCACUGAAUAUUCCACAGAUAACUCAACAAUAGGUGACUCCACAACAGACAAUUCCACCACGCUACGUUCUCCUACUGCGUACACAAGACAGCCUAACAGGGGAGAAGGAAGAAAAAGAGCAACAGGAACAGGAGGGGCACCAGGUCUUCCAAAGAUAGGUUACCAAACCAUGUAA